CUGGGAUAGAAGCGGCAGGAGCAGCGUUGGCACCGGCGAACCAUGGCUGGAAUUUUUUAUUUCGUCCUCUUUUCGUUUCUCUUUGGGAUUUGCGACGCUGUCACCGGUUCCAGGGUGUAUCCCGCGAAUGAAGUUACCUUAUUGGAUUCCAGAUCUGUUCAGGGAGAACUUGGGUGGAUAGCAAGCCCUCUGGAAGGAGGGUGGGAGGAAGUAAGUAUUAUGGAUGAAAAAAAUACACCAAUCCGAACCUACCAAGUGUGCAACGUGAUGGAGCCCAGCCAGAAUAACUGGCUGCGAACUGAUUGGAUCACCCGAGAAGGGGCUCAGAGGGUGUACAUUGAGAUCAAGUUCACCUUGAGGGACUGCAACAGUCUUCCCGGUGUCAUGGGCACUUGCAAGGAGACUUUUAACCUGUACUACUAUGAAUCAGACAACGACAAAGAGCGUUUUAUCCGAGAGAGCCAGUUUGCCAAAAUUGACACCAUUGCCGCCGACGAGAGCUUCACCCAAGUGGACAUUGGCGACCGAAUCAUGAAGCUGAACACAGAGAUCCGGGAUGUAGGGCCACUGAGCAAAAAGGGGUUUUAUCUGGCGUUCCAGGAUGUGGGGGCCUGCAUCGCCUUGGUAUCGGUCCGUGUGUUCUACAAGAAGUGUCCGCUCACCGUUCGCAAUCUGGCUCAGUUUCCAGACACCAUCACAGGGGCCGAUACAUCUUCCCUGGUGGAAGUUCGAGGCUCCUGUGUCAACAACUCGGAAGAGAAGGAUGUGCCAAAAAUGUACUGUGGGGCAGAUGGUGAAUGGCUGGUACCCAUUGGCAACUGCCUGUGCAAUGCCGGGCAUGAAGAGCGGAAUGGAGAAUGCCAAGCUUGCAAAAUUGGAUAUUACAAGGCCCUGUCCACGGAUGCCACCUGUGCCAAGUGCCCACCACACAGCUACUCUGUCUGGGAAGGAGCCACAUCGUGCACCUGUGACCGAGGCUUUUUCAGAGCCGACAACGAUGCCGCCUCCAUGCCCUGCACGCGUCCACCAUCUGCUCCUCUAAACUUGAUUUCAAAUGUCAACGAGACUUCAGUGAACUUGGAAUGGAGCAGUCCUCAGAACACGGGUGGCCGCCAGGAUAUUUCCUACAAUGUCGUGUGCAAGAAGUGUGGGGCAGGUGACUCCAGCAAGUGCCGACCCUGUGGAAGUGGGGUCCACUACACCCCACAGCAGAACGGCCUGAAGUCCACCAAGGUCUCCAUCACCGACCUCUUGGCUCAUACCAACUACACGUUUGAAAUCUGGGCGGUGAAUGGCGUGUCCAAGUAUAACCCUAGCCCAGAUCAAUCUGUGUCCGUCACGGUGACCACCAACCAAGCAGCACCCUCAUCCAUUGCUUUGGUCCAAGCUAAAGAAGUUACAAGAUACAGUGUUGCUCUGGCUUGGCUGGAACCAGACCGGCCCAAUGGGGUGAUCUUGGAGUAUGAAGUCAAGUAUUAUGAGAAGGAUCAGAAUGAACGAAGCUAUCGGAUUGUCAGGACGGCUGCCAGGAACACGGAUAUCAAAGGCCUGAACCCUCUGACUUCCUAUGUUUUCCAUGUCCGAGCCAGGACAGCAGCUGGCUAUGGAGAUUUCAGCGAGCCCCUGGAGGUCACAACCAACACAGUGCCUUCCCGGAUCAUUGGAGACGGGGCCAACUCCACCGUCCUGCUGGUCUCCGUCUCGGGCAGCGUGGUGCUAGUGGUUAUCCUCAUUGCCGCUUUUGUCAUCAGCAGGAGACGGAGUAAAUACAGUAAAGCAAAACAAGAAGCAGAUGAAGAGAAACAUUUGAACCAAGGUGUUAGAACUUAUGUGGAUCCCUUCACGUACGAAGAUCCCAACCAAGCAGUUCGGGAAUUUGCCAAAGAAAUCGACGCAUCCUGCAUUAAGAUUGAAAAAGUCAUAGGAGUUGGUGAAUUUGGUGAAGUCUGCAGUGGGCGUCUCAAAGUGCCUGGCAAAAGAGAAAUCUACGUGGCUAUCAAGACACUGAAAGCUGGUUAUACAGACAAGCAGAGGAGGGACUUCCUGAGUGAGGCCAGCAUCAUGGGACAGUUUGACCACCCGAAUAUCAUUCACUUGGAAGGCGUCGUCACCAAAUGUAAACCAGUAAUGAUCAUAACAGAGUACAUGGAGAACGGCUCCUUGGAUGCAUUCCUCAGGAAGAAUGAUGGCAGAUUUACAGUCAUUCAGCUGGUGGGCAUGCUUCGUGGCAUUGGGUCCGGGAUGAAGUAUUUAUCUGAUAUGAGCUAUGUACAUCGAGAUCUGGCUGCUCGGAAUAUUCUGGUCAAUAGCAACUUGGUCUGUAAAGUGUCUGAUUUUGGCAUGUCCCGCGUGCUGGAGGAUGAUCCAGAAGCAGCUUAUACCACCAGGGGUGGCAAGAUUCCUAUCCGGUGGACUGCGCCAGAAGCAAUUGCCUAUCGUAAAUUCACAUCAGCAAGUGAUGUAUGGAGCUACGGGAUCGUUAUGUGGGAAGUGAUGUCGUAUGGAGAGAGACCCUACUGGGACAUGUCCAAUCAAGAUGUGAUUAAAGCCAUCGAGGAAGGCUAUCGGCUGCCCCCUCCAAUGGACUGCCCCAUUGCCCUCCACCAGCUGAUGCUCGACUGCUGGCAGAAGGAGAGAAGCGACAGGCCUAAAUUUGGGCAGAUCGUCAACAUGUUGGAUAAACUCAUCCGCAACCCCAACAGCUUGAAGAGGACGGGGACCGAGAGCUCCAGACCUAACACUGCCUUGUUGGAUCCAAGCUCCCCUGAAUUCUCUGCUGUGGUAUCAGUGGGCGAUUGGCUCCAGGCCAUUAAAAUGGACCGGUAUAAGGAUAACUUCACUGCUGCUGGUUAUACCACACUAGAGGCUGUAGUGCACAUGAACCAGGAGUAAGUACUCAGCGAUGUAACACAAAAGGUGACCUGGCCAGAAUUGGCAUCACAGCUGUCACACACCAGAAUAAGAUCUUGAGCAGUGUCCAGGCCAUGCGAACCCAAAUGCAUCAGAUACACGGCAGAAUGGUUCCCGUCUGAGCCAGUAUUGAAUAAACUCAAAACUCUUGAAAUUAGUUUACCUCAUCCAUGCACUUUAAUUGAAGAACUGCACUUUUUUUACUUCGUCUUCGCCCUCUGAAAUUAAA